GGCAGAGGCAGGGGAUGAAGCGCAUAGUGGGGAGCCCGGGGACAUGGAGCGGCAUGGCGCUCCGGGUGUCGCAGUGCGUCUUCGCCGCCGGAUCCGUCUUCGCCAUGUUCUCUGCUUAUGGCUUCUCCAACUACAGCGCCUACUUCUACCUGAACUUUGCUUCGGUGCUGCAGUUUCUGUGGAGUUUGCCCCUUGCUUGUCUGGAUAUCUUUUCUCUCAGGAAUCAAAAGGAUCUUCACGCACCGGCUCGUCUAUUGCUCAUUGUUAUCGUCGACUGGGCCGUGGCGGUUCUCAUGUUCUCAGGAGUCUGUGCCGCCGCCUUCUUGACGAUUUUCUUCAUGAAGGAUGUGAACUUCUGUGAGGGGUUCUCGUGGCUGGGCUGCAAUCAAUUCGCGCUUUCGGUCACUCUCGCAUUCAUCACGUGGUCGCUGCAAGCUGCGUCUUCUUUCUCCGGGUUCUGGUUACUCGUCUCGUUCUUCUAGUGAUCUCACUAGCUAGGUGCUUUGAAUCACCGUCGCGUCAUGCUAAUUGGCAGUUAGUGAUUGCAAUCUUUUUAAAGUGCUAAUUGCCUGUCAGGAGGGUCAAUCAGUUCAGUUGCAAUGUGCUCGGGACACUUGUUAGAUUUGAGUUACCGGCGUUCUUCAUCACUUAUUCAUAGACUGCAUGUCUUCAGUGAGGUGGAAUAGUUAUUAUGUUGGUGAUAUGGGAUCACUAAUA